AUGCCGGAGAAAGUUGUAUUCAAGUUGGAAGUUUUUGAGGAAAGAAUCAGACGGAGAGCUAUGAAAGUUGUAUGUGACUUCCCAGGCGUUACUUUGAUAGACGUGAAGGAAAAAGGUAAACUAAAGGUGACCGGAGAGUUUGAUAAGUUUGAAAUGACGAAGAAACUGAGGAAGGUAUACGAAUAUGUUGAUAUCGCGGUUCCGGAUGGAGAACCGGUUAAAAUUCAGAAAGUGGUUAAAAAGCCUGAACCGAAAGUGGUUAAAAAGCCUGAACCGAAACUGAAGAAAGCACCAUCUUACCGCGGUUGGAAUUUGGGUUUCUUUAAGUAAAUUGAUUUGAAGUUGUGAUCGGGUUUGAUGACCAUGAUGGACUACUACUGUAUUCUACUGAUAUUUCGUCUCAUUUUCUGAAACAAAAUGGUUUGUCCAU